AGGACGAGGCGAUUCAGUCCGUCCGUGUGUGAGGUGAAUCCGCGACGUCGUCGUCGAGACAAGAUGGCGGCGGCGAUAAUGGCGGCGGCGGGAGGAGGUGGCGGAGGAGGGGUAGCGGCGGCGGCAGCGGCAGCAGCCCUGGCGGGGCUCGGCCCGGGGAUGCCGCCCGGCCCGGGUCCGUCGUCGUCCUUCCCCUCCGGCGGCCUCCUGGUCCCCCCUCAGCCGCCCCCUCCGGGCGCCGUCCGGAUCGGCGACCGCCUGUACUCGGGGGUGCUGAUCACGCUGGAGAACUGCCUCCUCUCGGACGACGCGCUCCGCUUCACGCCUUCCAUGGGCAGCGGCCUGGAGGCCGAGACCGAAGGGCAGCUCCGCAUCACCGGCUGCGAGCUCAUCCAGGCCGCCGGCAUUCUGCUCCGGCUUCCUCAGGUCGCCAUGGCCACGGGGCAAGUGUUGUUCCAGCGUUUCUUUUACACAAAGUCAUUUGUGAAACAUUCCAUGGAGCAUGUGUCGAUGGCCUGUGUUCAUUUGGCCUCAAAAAUUGAAGAAGCCCCAAGACGUAUACGGGAUGUGAUUAAUGUAUUUCACAGACUUCGACAUCUACGUGAGAAAAAGAAGCCCGUGCCUCUAAUACUGGAUCAAGAGUACGUUAACUUGAAGAACCAAAUCAUAAAGGCCGAGAGGAGAGUUCUGAAGGAGUUAGGGUUCUGUGUGCACGUCAAGCACCCUCAUAAGAUAAUCGUUAUGUACCUUCAGGUAUUAGAAUGUGAACGUAACCAACACCUGGUCCAGACGUCAUGGGUAGCCUCUGAGGGUAAGUGACUAAGACUUCUCCUCUGCUGCCCACUCGCUCUGGUGCAGGGAUAACUGCCGUCUUCAGUCAAACCAAAGCAGGCUCCGCAGAGAGAAGGCUGGCUCUAGACAGGUGGUAUACGUACACUAGUAGAGUUAAACACUGGCCGACUUCCGCUUGUGAUUUCUGUUUCCCAACUUGAUAAAAAAAAAGUUUUAUUUGCACACUUUACAGAUAAGUCUGAAUCUUGAAUGCAUUUAUUGUUGAGAUGACUGAUGCUGUGUUUUAUGUCUUUAGAAUGCAAAAAAAGUUCAUUAAAUUGGAUUUUAAAUUAUUGGGUGGAAGGUGGGGGGGAGAUUUGAGUUCCAUAAAUGCCGGUUAUUGCACCUAACUUAAAAUUUUGUCACUCGGAUGAAUGUUUUUGAAAAUUCAGUGUUGCAAUAAAGAGCUUUAUAUGUUAAGUGUUCUUAUCCCCAAAUCGCACAGCGCUAAAUUUCUCACACUGUACUUUUAAAACUCAAGGGGACAAGAUCUGAUAAACCUGUUUCCACAUGUCUGGUGUCCCCAUGCCUUUCAGCAGACUGCUUUGGCAAUGGGAGAUUUCCAGAGUUAGCCUGAUGCAUUGUGGGGAUCAGCUGUCUCGGGGGGAGGAGGAGUUCCUUUGCACUCAAGUAGCUCUUGGGAUCCUGUGGGCAGCAAUCUGCUGGAGAAAAUAAGGAACUAGCAGAAAAGCCUUGGUUACGGAAGCAUUUGUUGCAGAGAGGCUAGCAAGUAUUUGAGCAACCUGAAAACAUUCUAAAGAACUGUCUGUCUUGAAUGCCUAGCCUGAUGCCCUAUGUCCCAGCACAGGUGGGCUACUCAGAAGUGGAAUCUAAACUAUUAGUCAUUCUGUAAUUCGUCAUUCUGCCAUUUUGGAAGUCAGAGGGCAUCCACUUCCAUCUAUUUAACAGUCUUCUUAAAUUUCUCUAGCAAGAUUGGAAAUAAUAUUUCAAACCCUUCAGCUUUGUUCAGUUAAGGAACAAGCAGUGGUGGAUACCCCAAACCAUCUGUUGUUUGACUUGCCUCCCUUGCAACACAUCACAUAGCAGCUGUUCCAGUUGUCUGUGCAUGGCUUGACUUUAGGCAACUGAGACACAUAGUUUGGGGGUCACCCGAUGUUAAUUCAGUCAUUGCACAUCUGAUGCUCAUAAUGCAUCUCCGAGGGUCAUCUCCGGCUCAUAGAUGCUUCUGUUCUGGGUCAUGCUUUAAUUAUUGUCUGAUGUGCUGCUUGGACAGUAGAUUUUUCCUAGAAAAUAAUCUCUGCCUUCUGGGAUCUUGCACACACUUUAGCUGCAAAAAAAGAAAAAAAGAAUCUGUAUUUUCAGACGUCCUUUCAGGGGAGAAAUGUGUAAACCGUACUGACUGUGAGUCAUGUGCAAUAUUUUUGCAGUUGCCUCAUUCUGUGAACACUGAGUUUAAGAAACGUUGUUACUUUGGGGCAAUCUGGAAGCGAUCCAGCGCCGAGCCAGUGGAAGAAAGCUGCGUGAACAUGGGGGUCUUCAGCUGCAGCGCUACCAUAACAUCCGGAUUGAACUUCUGGCUCUGAAGGGAUUUAUGUGGCCGUGUGUAUCCUGGAAAACGGCCCUGUCGGAAAGCUGUAGAAGAGACCAACUGGAUCCCAAAGAAUCCUCCAUUCGGAUCUGCAGCUGCAGAUUAUCCACCUUGAGCCUGCAUGCGGCUCUCUUUGAUGGGAUGAAGCCUCGAGUUUGAUAAGAUUUCUUCAAAUAUGCUACACAUUGUGUCUGAAUUUUUUUAUAUAUAUAUAGACGUUGUUUUGCAUGAGAACAGGCCAGUAGAUCACAACAGGGAGAAAAGUAAAGUUAAAAUUGGUUCUCUUUCACAAAUUCCCGCCAGGCAGUUGAUAUAUUCCCAAGAGGCACCCUUCCCUGGAAGGAAGCUUUCUUUUCUAACCUGUCAGAUUUCACAGGGUUAUCUAGACUUCAGAUGUAGCCGUAGAACACCUAGAUAACUAGCUACAAUAGAGAAAAAGACAAACAAACCUAGUAGAGUCAGAGCAGGGUUCUGUCCGACUGCUACAACUCCUGCUGUCACUGCUUUUGUCAUCUUAGGAACUAUAUG